CGGAACCCUCCCGAGGAUGAAGACGGCUGGACUCAGUCCCACACGAACGCGGAAGGCCGACGACUUCGCCGGGGGCUCCUUCACACCAUAAAAUAUGCAUCACGGAAUCCCACUAUACCUUGUCUUCGAAGCUAAUGGUCGCUCUCUAUCUUUCUCUUUGCGACCUUGAUCAGGAUCAGAGGCUCUUCUCUCUCUAUAUUAGCAUAUCCUCUCCAUCUCUCUAAAAGUCCCUUCUCACUGUGAUCCUACGAAGCCUUCUGUGAGCUCUCUCCGCCAUGUCCAACGUCCCAACCUCUCUCUGUGACUCCUCCCUCACCCUCUUCCGCCUUGCCAUCUCCAGCUCCGACCCCUGGCCCUUCUCUCUCUAGCCCCCACCUUCUCUCUGCAGAUAUAUACAUACGUAGUUGAUCUCCUGUUCUGGUUCUUUUGAUUUUGCUGUGAUCCGGAGAUGAGGAAGAACAACGAGGUGGACAAGAAGAAUAACAGCCAUCACCACCACCACCACGGCCACCUGUGGACGUCGUUGAGCUUUCAGCUGCACAUGCCACAUCUGGGCCACGACAAGGAGAAGGCUGGGAUGCCGCCCAAGGGUUGCAUGGUGAUGUGGGUUGGGCAGGAAGGGGAGGAGCAGCAGCGGUUCGUCGUGCCGGUGGUGUACCUCAACCACCCGCUCUUUGCGAAGCUCUUGGAGGAGGCAGAGAAGGAAUAUGGCUUCGACCAGAAGGGGGCAAUCGUCAUCCCCUGCGGCGUCGAUCACUUCCGCCAUGUCCAGGAUCUCAUCGAUGGCGAGGGCGGCGCUGCCGGUGCUGCACCUGCUGCUGGCCAUAGUCGUCGCCACAACGACCAGCACCAAAAUCAGCACCGCCACAGGCCGGUUAUUAACGACCACGAGAACGAGCGAGCCUGUGCUGCUGCUGCCGCUGCCGCUGGCGGUGGUCAUCGCCAUGGCGAUCAUCAUCAUCACAGGCAACACAGUCAUCACCACCUUCCCCACUUUGCUGCAUGCUUUGGAGCGUGAUGGUUGAAGCAAUAAACCAAAAAUUCCCCCUUUUCUUUCAUGGAUUUUCAUUAUUGGCUUGCUUUUGGAAAGUUGUUAAAGAUCAAUUGUAUUGACAGUGAUGAUGACGAUAACUUGUGAACAGAGGAAUGUUUGGUCUGUAAUCUUUUUCUAUUCCAUGAUCGCUUUUGUUGCAAACACGCAUUGGUGAGGAUGCUAAAAGUCAACUAUGGACUUUUCUCAAACCUCUUAUAUAUAUAUGCAAUACAUAAAUGAAAAUUUCACCUUGUUAA